AAUUUCAGCGUAGAAGCUGGGGUCCAAAAUGUUUUACUUCGCCAUAUUGGAAAUGAUCUUAGAAACAUAGCCAAUGACUUUGAAAGCUUAGUGGCAGGGGGCCAAAAUGUUUUACUUCACAGUAUUGGAAGGGAUCUUAGAAGCAUAGCUAAUGACUUUGCUGACAGUCCCCAAAGAGGACAGAUUAAGCAAUGCGCAAAUUUAGUUGACCUGGAAGCAUCUACUUUUGAAGGAUUUUGGGCUUUACUGGAAGAAGUAUUUAGACAUGGUAUCAAUGUUUAUAAUAUAGUUGCCUUGUUUUACUUUUGUUCUGAUAUUCUUAUCAGAUCUGUAAAAAUGGAAUUGGCAAGAAUUGGAACAAAUUUGUUUAGAUGGGCUCUACUGUACAUAUCUGAACAAGUUUGCAGAUGGGUUUAUGAAAAUGGUGGUUGGGAGAAAGCAAUCAAACAAGUCGUGCGAGGGAGAAAUAAUGCCUAUGUUGCUCUUCGUGUUCUUGGGGUUGUUGUUGUUGUAUGGGGAAUAUAUAAAGGAAUUAAGAAGCUGAAAUGAUUGCUCUAAAAAUUGCCAUUUAUCCCACAGUGCUUAGUUAAAAAAAAUUGUAGCUUAUAUAAAAAUCAUUUAUCCAUAUCUUUAAAAUAUCAUUUGUUUACGUAAACAUGAAA